GAGAAUAUGUACCACUUACCUACCAUCACUAACAAAAACAAGCAACAAGAGAAAAUACGUACAUAUGUAGAUGAUCUUCUGCCGAUAGAAAGGGUUUUGAUGGUGGUCCUGUGGCUCCCUCCUUGUAUUCUAGACCGGGUAAACAACUCCGUACCUUACGAAUGCACCUGGGAACCAUCCAAAAACAAGGAGUUCGUCAUUGUCAUAGCAACCAUUGGCCAUCAUGGAUCAUUCGUCGUCAUGUUGUUAUGCUAUAUAAGAGUCUUUCUUGUUGUUCUAAACCGGAAGAAGGUUGGGGCGGUAUAUCAUCAUACUAGUCCAGAACUCGUGAGGAAAACAACGAAUCUUGUUAAAAUUUAUGCAAAGUCAGAUACAGACAUAAAUCUUUCAGAUCAAGCGACUGAAAAAGCUCUGAAAGCAUCAUCGGCUGAAAAGGUUGGUGAUCAAAAACUUGGACCGGAAAUGACGACGAAUUCAGCGUUUCCCUGGAAGAGUGACCCGUAUCUCAGACCUGACUCGUGUAAAACGUUAUUGGAAAAGAACGACAAGAAAGCAUUUGUUUCUACCGUUACCAUAACAACAGCAGCGUCCGGAGCACUGGAGACGGAUAGUCAUACAAGUGACCUUCCGUCUAAAAAUGACCAGGAGAGACCACACAUAAGGGACCGAGGUCAUUCCAAGAAGAGGAAACAAAAAGAGGACAGAAAAUACGAACGAAACGAAAGGAAAGUUUUCAAAACUCUAACCUACAUUUUAGUCGGUUACGUUAUCUGUUGGCUUCCGUUUCACAUUGUGUUUGACGUCAGUUGUGCCAUGCCGGAAGUAGUCCCGCCACUUGUUUUCAAUAUCACAUUUUGGUUGUCGUACAUGAAUUCCACGAUAAACCCAUUCCUUUAUAAUUUUAGCAGUGCCGAAUUUCGUGCCGCUUCUAAGGCUCUGCUAUGCAGAAAACGUCGCACUUAAAAAAGCACUUUUUUGUAUUGUGCAUUUGCUGUGGUAUCGUGGAUUAACUGAAGAUCGUGGUUCAUAAUCGUUGUAUAUGUAUUUUUAACUCAGGGGAGAUCAUAAACACACAAAAAUUCAAAUGUAGAGGCACUUUGACAAAAGAACUAUCAUCUUUUACAGGAAGAAAUCUUGAAGAUGCCCAGUUUGUAGAUUGAUAGGUUAAACCGACUUGAAAUUGUUGAGUUAGUAUUACGUUGGAUUAUGUUGUGUUCGGCGAUAAAUCAGCCAAUGGUAUACUGUUGACAUAGGGGAUGGACACGAUUGUGAGGUUGAUUUUGAUAAUCAAAUACGUAUGAAUUCGAAUAUCCUAUGUAUUUAGUCAAGCCACAAUGACCUGUCGUGUUGAACUCUGGUUACCAUAUUCAUAAUAGGUGAGUUAAUGUUCUUAUAGGCGGAAUAUGCAGAUCUAUCAUUAAAAAAAGUGAUCAGCGAUGUUACUGGUCGAACAGUUGUAACACUAUGGGGCGUGCAUAGUGUAAACUAUAUAUAAAUACCAAUGCCAAAUAUAGAUAAUCCACGUACAGUUCAACGGGAAAGGUCAACGUGAAAGUUCAACUUGAAAGUUCAGCGUGAAAGGUCAACGUGAAAGUUCAGCGUGAAAGGUCGACAGGAAAGGUCAACGUGAAAGGUCAUUUUGGUCUGACUAUCACAUUUAACUUGUUAUGUAUAUAUUUUAGUUUUAUUGUGGUCGAUAUGAUACAACGAAUAUGAUUACAGCGAAUAUAUGGAUAAUUGAAUGUCUCAAGUUAAAACUCACAUAUUGUACCAAAAGAUUAAGGAAUUCUAUCAACGAAAUCGUUUAUGAACUUGAAAUUGCGAGAAAUGUGUUAUAUACCUUGUUGUGAUGACAGGUUUUGACCAAAUUGCGCAAUUCAGUGGAACCACCGAAACAAGGACAUUUUGUUUUAUUACUUACAAACGUGCGAAGAGUUUAACAUUACUUCUGUUUUUCAGACAAUGACACACUUGAUAUAAAAGUUUUAGAGUAUAUAAAUAAGGGGAACCGUAAUAUAAAUGUAAGACUGCAUUGUGAUAACAAACCAUGGUGUGUGUUUUUAUAUCGGGUUCCUAUAAAUUGUGAGCUGAGAUAUGAAAUA